AACCGUAGCUACGUUCACUCAUCACUUAUGUUCUGCCAUGUGAUAAUCGCAUCAGCUUUGAAUUUUACUUGUUAUUAAUAUUUAAAUAAGUUUUUCUCAUAAAAAAUCAAUUAAUCAUGUUCUCAAAAAAUUUUAAGACUUUAAUAAACAUACACGAACAAUUAUCACGUUUAAGAUUUCAUUCUGCGGCGAUAACUCGGCAAGUUAACCUCAAAGUGCUCGCUAGCAAACAAUCAAAAAUAACAAUAAGUUUAUAUAAAAACAAUGUCUUAACACCAGUAGUAUAUCAGUCGAAAAAAUAUUCAAAUUUAUCAUCACAGUGCAAUGAGACCACCAACGAGCAUGACAGUGAUGAAGAUGAAGUCUACGGAACUGACAAAAGCGAGCGAACCCUCCGGUUAACUGAAAAUUUAUAUGCAUAUACACUUUUAAAAAAUUCUGAUAAAAUGGGUAAUAUAAUAGUACCUUUAUUAAUACCAGAUGAAGAUAUACCUGAGGAUGUGGUACAAAAAAUAAUAGAAAAAAACCACGAGGACAGUAGCCCAGCAGAAGUGCUCGAGGAUUUCCGGCUCCUGAGUUACCAUCGUGGUAAACUUCAAGACGGUGUUCUGAGCCCUGAAAAACACUCGAAUAUUUUGAAUACACUUAAAAAAUAUCUCGCUGAUUUCAGUGACGAUCAACUGUGGAAUUUACUUCGCUAUAUUGAGUUAUGGUAUCCAAUGCAACGAUCAACCAAGGAACCGUUGCUGAUUGAGCUGGAAAAAGCGAUGGACCAGGAGUGUCAUUUAAGGUCAAAUCUUUGGAGUGUUGACGAUAUAAUGAAAACCUGCGAUCUCUGGUACCAUUUACGCUAUGCUCGGCAGUCUCGCUUUGUUAGCAAGUGGGUGAAAAAACUAGGAAAAAGAUCUGGUAAACUGAAAGCUGAACAUUAUUUAUAUUACAUGUUUUUAAUUAAUAUUGCGAGAAAACUGGAGAUAAAUAUGUAUGAGUUGGAGUAUCGUCUUGAAAAAUUUAUUGAUAAAUUCAACGGUAAUGAACUUGGAAUUGUUGCGAUGGGGUUCUUUAAAACACGCACGCCUAUUAGAAAUCCUGAUUUACUGGAUAAAAUGAUUGAAACGAGUGUUAAAGAUAUGCACGAAAUGGGAGAAAUUUCUAUUGCUGCUGUCAUGAAAAUCACAAGAUUAAGCAUGGGAUUGAACACACUAUGGCGAUUCAAAAAAUUGCUACAUGCUUUCCAACCGAGAAUAAAAGAUAUUUCUGUUGGUUGUCUUGUUCAUGCAGCUCAUGCCGCUGCUACUGUUUUAGUUUACGAAAAAGAUAUUAUCGAUGAAAUUAUAAACAGUUUCAUACCACAUUUAUCUGCUGCGAGACUUAAAGAUUUAGAGAGAAUGCUAUUUUCUCUAGUGAUUUUUAAUUACCCGAAAGAACUUCCGCUGUACAAUUUAAUUAUUGAUCAACUCAAGGACUUGAGACGCACGAGUGAACUUAAAAAAUUCCCCCGUAGUUUGACAGUAUCGUUGAUGUAUUUAUCACAAGCAGAUAUAUAUCCACUUGAAUUAAUUUCAAUUGUACUGAGUCCAAAAUUUUUGAAAGAAGUUUAUAAUAAUAAUGCAUUUAGGAUUGGUCGUGAGUGUUUAAUUAUAAAUGAAGGUCUCAAAAUUGAAGUGCCAGAUUACAAGGGUCCAUUUUUACCUGAAAAAAUUUCAAAAUAUUUGACUACGAGAUACAGUGCGUCGAUUCUAGACGUCGAAGAUCCAACAGAAAAAGUUCAGUCAUACCAAAAAUUUAUUUUUGAAUUCGUGAGUCUCCUAAAGGAAGUUAUUGGCUCGAAAGACUUCCUCGUAGAGCAAACGUUACCCCACUUUCAACGAGCCGAUAUCAUAAUGUGCAUCGACGAUCAAAAUAAUAUCGUAUCACCAGCUUCAUAUUUUCCAAAAUCCGAAGUAGGCAGCAUAAAAUACGCGCCAAAAGAGCCAGUUAAUUUAAAAUGGUUGGCUAUUGUUCUCGCCUCAAGCAAUCACACUUUCCGCAACACCAAUGACCCAUGCGGAACAAUGCAAGCCAAGUUAAGACAACUCAGAAGAAUUGGCUACACUCCAGUAAUGGUACCUUAUAAUACGUGGUACGGUAAAUUGAAGUCAUUAGAUGCGAAGAAAAAUUAUAUAAGAGAGUGUUUAUUACAACAUGGUGUUAAUAAAAUAUCAACAUCAUAAAUUUAUGUCUAAAUAACGCAUGUAUAAAUGUAUUAUCAUUUUAAAACCUUAAUCUUUGACUUUGUGAAAUAGAUAGUGAUAAUGUUUUUAUAAUAAUAAUUAUCUAUAAAUGCUAGGAAGACAUUGUAUUGUUGAACGUUCGUUUUUAUAUAUAGUAGAGGUAUUUGUUUUUUUUUUUUUUUAUUUCUCAUUUUAAGUAGAGUUAUUUGAUUUCUUUUUUUUAUUUUAAUAAAAAUAAAUAAUAAAAAAAAAUAG